AUGAAAUUCAUUACGGCAAUUUCCUUCUUCUUUGCUGCGGUUGCAUCCGCCCAGUCCUGCGUCGGUACCGAGCUCCAAGUUUGUGACGGCAACAGAAUCAAAUUCUGUAACCUUGCAAGAAACAACGUCUUCGAUUACAUGGACUGCGGCAGUCAGAAAUGUCAUAACGUCGUUGGAGGAGCAAACUGUCAAUAG